CGGGCGACAGUGAUACGCACGGAAAAGUAAAUGGGCAAAUAAGUGUGAUGAUUACGUACAUACGUCACCUCGUUUGGAGAAAUUGCCUAAAGUGUUGAAAUUUGCGCACAUCUCAGUUACAAUAUUAUUCGUUUUUAUUAAGUGCUAGUGAAUUCGGCAAAUCGUUUUCCUGCAGUUCCCACUCGUGUGUGCAUUAAGUAUUAUUGUAUGUGUGUGUGUUGUGUUUGUGUGAUUGCGUACCGCUUAGUAAACAUACAUAGCAAGAAAAUAAAAUAAGCAAGAAAAAUAUUUAUGGGAGCAAAUCAAAAUUAUGCUUAAAAUACACUUUCAUUAAAUUGCCAACUAGCUGAAACUAGAAAACACAACGGCAGCACAAAAGGAAAGAGCACAAUUCGCAAUUAAGAAGAAGAUCCUUAAAUUGCAAUAGACAGCAAAUCACUUCCGAUGGGGCAUAAUUUGAGCAAAUCAACAGCCAGUGACGUCGUUGCCAGAAAAGAUAAGUCCAAGCGCGCAUCCUCCUACACAAACGAUAUUGAAAUUAAACGCACGGACACAACCCCGCCCACAAUCAACUUGGAAAUUGCACGGAGCGAGCAGCAAUUGUCUCAGACUCGAACAGCAGCUCGUCGAGCAACAACGCCACCUGGCAGCUUGGAUUCCGCGGAAGUGCGUCAGAUCAUAAUCAAAAUACAGUUGGCGAAAAUGGAGAAUGGCAAUGAUGAAGGGCAGCAACAGCAGCAGCAGCAGGAUGUGGAGGCCGUCGCAUUGUCUACCACAGAUAAGCUCAAUGCAAAUAUGGCAGAGCAGAAGCCGCAACAGAAUCAAAUAAUAAAUGUGACGCUCAAUGGAACUGCGGGCGGUUCAAUGGAAGCGUCCCGAGGCGCUGACAGACUCUUGAAUAACAACAAUUUAGCGGGAAGUGAUGCGUCGGCGUCGGCAACAGCGGCGGUUAGCACGCUACAAUUGCACGAUAACGACGAUGUUGGGGCUGACGACGAUGACGUAGUCGAUGAGUCGCUGCUACGCCGUCGUCGUAGCAGCAGCGCCGAGGGCGUCGAUUACUGCGAGGUGCUCGAACCGACGCCAGUAGCCGAAAUGUGGUCGAACGGAGCACAACAGUGGGCGCAAGCGCCAAACACUGGAAACAGUUGCUGUCGCAGUCGGAGUAGCAAAGCAGCAUUAACAAUUGGAGCGAGUGCAACACCAACAACCACAUCUAAGCGUCGCUGCUGCAAAUGUAAGUGUCGUGCUGUUUUCAACGGACUGCGUGGCAUGUUGGAGUCAAGCUCAUCGUCCUCCGCGGCUGUAGCGAAGCGUACCAGCAGCAAGGAGAGGCGAGACAAGAAGUCUCGCAGCAGCAGCGCCGCAGCCGUUGGUGCCGAGCAUAACCAUAGACGUUCCACGCCCCCCACAUUGAGUUCAGCACCACGUGCGGCUCCAGCGCAAAGAAGACAGCGCAAUUCGGUGGCUGUUCCCGAUGCAACAGCGGCAACCAACCAACUGGCCAUUUGGACAGCGCCCUCCGGCGAUGGUAAUGUGGGCGAUGUCAUUAUACGCAUCAGUUCGCCGCAGUUUGUUGUGCAACCACUUGUUGCCGGUUGCCCUGGUGCCGGUUGUAGUGAUUGCACCUCCCCGAUUGUGUCGGUUUCGCGACUGAGCAGCAAUAACAGCGAUGCCACAGUCCCAACAACUGCGGCGGGUCCCGCAAUACGUCUCUUGGCACCCCCAGCAGCUGCUGGGGAGCCCCUACCUGUCCCAUCCACCAGCCACCACAUGCUGCCCGCGCAUCCCAACGAGGUGCAAAGAAUGCCAGUACCGCCUACAGUGGCCACCACCGCCUAUGGGAAUGUGAUUGUGCACUCACAGAUCGAUUUUAGGCAUUGUCUGGUGCCCGAUCUGGAGCGGAUCAUUAAUUCCAGCUUCUAUUGGGGCAAGAUGGAUCGGUACGAGGCGGAGCGAUUGCUUGAGGGCAAGCCGGAGGGAACGUUCCUAUUACGCGAUUCGGCGCAAGAGGAAUACCUCUUCUCGGUCACAUUCCGCAAGUACGGGCGCUCACUGCAUGCGCGAAUCGAGCAGAGUGGACAUAAGUUUAGUUUCGAUUGCCACGAUCCGUGCGUAUUUACGGCGCCUUCCGUCACCGGCCUGUUGGAGCAUUACAAGGACCCCUCUUGCGUUAUGUUCUUUGAGCCUUGCCUGACCAUGCCGCUACAUCGACGCCAGACUUUCUCGCUUCAGCAGCUGGCGCGUGCCACCAUUGUCUCGAAUACCACAUACGAUGGCAUCAAUCAGUUGGAGCUGCCGUGCCGUCUUAAGAGCUACCUCAAGGAGUACCACUACAAGCAGAAGCUGCGUGUUAAGCCGUGUGACAUGCACACGCCCUAUUAUACCAACAUAUAGUCCACGGCUGAGGCGGCCCUGCAGCAGCCGAGCCAUAGGCGACAGCUGCAGCCACGCCUUUUGCCGCCACCCAUACCACCGCCGCCUGCGGGCUUUACGUAUUACGAGGAUAUAGACAGUACUAGUGAUCCAGAUGGAGACGAUGACGAUGAUGAUGAUGCGGUCAAUGUACGCGUCUCAUAUGUACAGCAUGCUGAGGUUGUUGCGCAAUUGCGAGAGUGUGGGACGACAACAGCGAAUCUGCGUCGUCGUGCCAACUUGCAGCAGCAUUUGUGGCGUUUGCCUCAGCGCGUAGCGUCGGCCCUCGGACGCAUGUCCUCCAAUCUCAAUUGCUAUCAGCCGACGGCGCUGCAGCGCAACAACCGCGGCACCCAGACAAACAACACAAAGGGCGCCUGAAGCUAAAUUCUAGCUUCAAUUAUACUAAUACUUGAGACAAUCCCAGUGCGUCACGCCAUUUCCGCGCUCAGACACCAAAACAAAUAAUCAUAAAAAUAGCAAACAAAAACUUAGAAAAAAAAGUAAAUGCUUCCCGAAACAUUUACAUGUUUAGCAGUAAUUCAAUCCAAUCAACCAACAAAGCAACAAAGUUCGAAGCCUAUAUGUGUAAAAGUACAUUAAUUAAGUGUAACACAACUUACUCAACUCCAAAUCCAACUACUAUAUAGUAAACAACUCAUUCUGCAUUUGUGUUUAUACAGUUUUGUAAAAGUGUUUUUAUAAUAAUCCAAUUUAAAAUUGA